CAAUGCAAUGUCAUUUUUUGUCUCACCAUACCCAUAUUACCUCAAAGGGACAGUCGGUAACUUCAACAUAUCACCGGUUUUCAUUUGAUAUCUCCAGCAAGUGCUAGUCCGGGUGUUUUUGCGGUGUCUGGCGGCUUGCCUGGUGGUGUUCAGGGCGCAGGUUUGUUUGCGCAUCCCAGCCAACAAAUACCCCCCCAGAAUGGACCCAGAGUAUGAACGUCGCCUCCUCAGACAGAUCAACAUUCACAAUGACAACUCCAGUCCAAUUAAGAUGACAGAGGUUGUGCGAGGUUUGACACCCACCAGCUCCCCGCUGUCCUCCCCUAGUAAACAUGGAGACCGAUUCAUCCCAACCAGAGCGGGGGCCAACUGGAAUAUCAACUUCCACAGAAUAAAUGAAAAUGAGAAGUCACCAAGUCAGAACAGAAAAACAAAGGAUGCCUCCUCUGACAACAGCAAAGUGGAUGGGCUGGCCUACUCCGCCUUGCUAAAGAAUGAGCUGCUGGGCGCAGGCAUCGAGAAGGUGCAGGACCCACAAACAGAGGACAGGCGACUGCAGCCCUCUACCCCUGAAAAGAGGAGCCUCUUUACUUACUCUCUUUGUGCCAAGAGGUCUUCGCCAGAUGACGGCAAUGCCAUCUCUCCCUACUCUCUAUCUCCUGUCAGCAGCAAGAGUCAGAAAUUGCUGCGUUCACCUCGGAAGCCAACUCGUAAGAUCUCCAAGAUCCCCUUUAAGGUUCUGGAUGCUCCAGAGCUUCAGGAUGACUUUUACCUCAAUUUGGUGGACUGGUCCUCCCUCAACGUGCUCAGUGUUGGACUGGGUACCUGUGUUUACCUCUGGAGUGCCUGUACCAGCCAGGUAACAAGACUGUGUGAUUUAUCAGUGGAGGGAGACUCAGUCACAUCUGUUGGCUGGUCAGAAAGGGGCAACCUGGUUGCAGUGGGGACGCACAAAGGCUACGUACAGAUCUGGGACGCUGGUGCUGGGAAGAAACUCUUUGCUCUGGAGGGGCACACAGCCAGAGUUGGAGCUCUAGCAUGGAAUGCAGACCAGCUGUCUUCUGGCAGCCGCGACCGUAUGAUUCUGCAGAGAGACGUGCGGACGCCUCCGCUGCAGUCAGAGAGACGGCUGCAGGGACACAGGCAGGAAGUGUGCGGCCUGAAGUGGAGCACUGACCAUCAGCUGCUGGCCUCUGGAGGCAAUGACAACAAGCUACUGGUGUGGAACCACUCUGCGCUGAGCCCGGUGCAGACAUACACAGACCACCUGGCUGCCGUCAAGGCCAUUGCCUGGUCGCCCCAUCAGCACGGCCUGCUGGCAUCCGGGGGUGGCACUGCUGACCGCUGCAUUCGUUUCUGGAACACCCUGACCUCACAGCCUCUGCAGUGCAUGGACACGGGCUCUCAGGUCUGCAACCUGGCCUGGUCCAAGCAUGCUAACGAGCUGGUAAGCACCCAUGGCUAUUCUCAGAACCAGAUCCUGGUGUGGAAAUAUCCAGCCCUCACUCAGGUGGCCAAGCUCACAGGACACUCCUACAGAGUUCUCUACCUGGCUAUGUCUCCUGAUGGUGAGGCGAUCGUCACUGGGGCCGGAGAUGAGACCCUACGCUUCUGGAACGUAUUCAGUAAAACACGGUCAACAAAGGAAUCUGUAUCCGUUUUAAAUCUCUUUACCAGGAUACGGUAACUUUGAACAAGUAAAAGACUCUAACAGUGGGCACUACUGACCAAGUAGGUGCCAGCAUCAGCAUUGGACGGCUCAAUCAUCAAAAUGGUGCUAAAGACAUACAAUCAAAGAAAUCUCCUGACAUUUUUUAAAUAAAAUGGCAGCGAGAACAACCACUCAGCAAGUUUACUUUUUCAUGCUAACAACAAACUUUUUGGGGGAUUAUUUUUGACUUGUGUGGCCUUGUUUAUGAAUGUAUUUCAUUUUUUUUUAUUAUUUUCAAAUGUAUGUGUGGACUGAUUUCCAUUUGCUUUUUCAUUUUUGUAUACACUAUAUAUAAGAAAUCAUAAGCCUUACUUAAAUUAUAUUAUAAUACCAUUUUCAUUAUUGUGGGUUUUGAAAUGUGGAGCUGGCAUUUUACUUUUUGUUACACUCAGGUCUAAGUUAUUUGUAACAUGAUAAAACAGGGCAAGAAUGAAUAUAAUUGCCAAUUAUCAUGGACUUAACAUAUUCUUAAAAAAAAUGCCAUUACAUACCAGUAAUCAAAGUUCUCCACUGUACGUGCAGCAUGUUUACUGUAACCUUUAGAAGACUACACUGAGUGUAGGUCGGCUCAAGUAACGCACUAUAUUGUGCUCCUGCGGACAGACAUGGUCUAAUGCUGUGCAUAUAGACAUCCACUACAUGGUUGAUUCUAUGUAGGAAAAUAAUUAAAGGUGUUGGAACUGA